UACACUAUUGUGAUCCUUGAACAUUAUUUCCUUGCAGAUUUAAAAUGGCAGCUGAUCCCGUGGGAUCUCCAGCAGACCUUUACAGGAAAGGAAACGAGUAUUUUGUGUCUGAAGAUUAUGACCGUGCAGUAGAACUGUACGCGGACGCGCUUGCACACGAUCCAUCUGUAACGGAAUGUUACGCGGCAAGUGCUCAGGCGUACAUCAAGAUGGAACGCUUUCAGGAUGCCAAGAAAAUGGCGGACAGAGGUGUUGAUGUACUGCGGGGGCUGGAUUCCAAUGAUGACCGAACAGUUAGUGAAACCAAGAAGUGUUUGCAGCGCAGUGGGGUCGCAUCAUUUCACCUCGGCAAAUACAAGGAAGCUAAGAACUCAUUUGCAGAGGCUGUCAAGUUUGAUUCAACAGAUAAAGGUCUAAGUCAGUGGGUUGCCUGGUGUGAGGAAAAAAUGAUUAAAUUUGGCGAGGACGCAUCAAAGAAGUUGGACGAGCACGCCAAGGUUAUCCCUGUACAAGAUACUCCUUCUAAACCUGAGCCCAGUGAAAAGAAGAAUUCGGAACCAAGUGAACCCAAAGCCCCCAGUUCUUCAUCAGAACAGUGUUUAAACCAACCUGCAUCAGACAUCAUGCCAACUCCUAAAAUUAAGCAUGAUUGGUAUCAAACUGAGACUCACGUGAUAGUUGAGGUUCGGAUAAAGAGUCUUAAACCUGGAGAAGUAGAAGUCAACUUUCAUCCAACCUAUCUCAGUGUCACAGCUAAACUUAGCUCAGGGUCUGAUUACAGUCUGGAAAUAGAUCUUUCUCAUCCAACAGUCCCAGAUCAAUCUUCAUUCAGGAUUCUUAGCACAAAACUUGAGAUAAAGCUGCGCAAGGCAGAAGCUGUGCGCUGGACUUGUUUAGAGGGAGAUGGGUUAGAUCCUAUACCUGGGGUAGUUGUCCAGCCUAGUACUUCAGGAGUGAAGGCCCCGUAUGCUAGUGGUCGCGACUGGAACAAGGUUGAGAAAUUGUUGGAGAAAGAAGCAGAUGAGAAGAAGGAAGGAGAAGCUGCUCUUAACGAAAUGUUUCAGAAAAUUUACGCAGAUGCGAACGAUGAGGUUCGGAAAGCGAUGAAUAAAUCCUUUAUGGAGUCUGGUGGAACUGUACUCAGCACAAACUGGGCAGAAAUCGGGAAAGAGAAGGUUGAGGUAAAGCCCCCGGAUGGAAUGGAAUUCAAGAAAUGGGAUUAAUUUCUACAAACACAGCUCGACAUAACUCCAGUUAAAAUAAUACAAGAAAGAUAUAAUUCCUAUUUUAUGUUUUAAGUCAUGAAAGUAAACGAUAGGAAAGGAUCUCUGUGACUGUUGUGGAAAUAAUGUUAAAAAUAAUUCAUAAUAAAGAUACUUAAUGUAAA